CCGGCGCCGCCCGCCCUGCCCAGCCCGGCCCUUCCCCGGCUCCCAGCCCGCCCGCCCGCCCGCCGCUGCUUCACCGGCGCGGGCGGCCGCCACGCGAGCUGCGGCCUCCGCCCAGGCGGGGGGCGUCGGCGCUGGGCCCGCCAUGGCCGCGUCCGAGCUCUACACCAAGUUUGCCAGGGUUUGGAUACCUGAUCCCGAGGAAGUGUGGAAGUCAGCAGAGUUGCUCAGAGAUUAUAAGCCUGGAGAUAAGGUGCUCCUGCUUCGCCUGGAGGAAGGGAAGGAUUUGGAAUACCGUCUAGAUCCUAACACCAAGGAACUGCCUCACUUACGGAACCCUGACAUACUUGUUGGAGAAAAUGACCUCACAGCCCUCAGCUAUCUUCACGAGCCUGCUGUGCUGCAUAAUCUCCGAGUUCGCUUCAUUGACUCCAAACUUAUUUAUACGUAUUGUGGAAUAGUCCUAGUAGCUAUAAAUCCCUAUGAACAGCUGCCUAUUUAUGGAGAAGACAUUAUUAAUGCCUACAGUGGCCAGAACAUGGGUGACAUGGAUCCUCACAUCUUCGCAGUAGCUGAAGAGGCUUAUAAACAAAUGGCAAGGGAUGAACGAAAUCAGUCCAUCAUUGUCAGCGGAGAGUCAGGUGCAGGAAAGACAGUCUCAGCUAAGUAUGCCAUGCGAUACUUUGCGACUGUAAGUGGUUCUGCCAGUGAGGCCAAUGUCGAGGAAAAGGUCUUGGCCUCCAACCCCAUCAUGGAGUCAAUUGGAAAUGCUAAGACAACCAGGAAUGACAAUAGCAGCCGGUUUGGGAAAUACAUUGAAAUUGGUUUUGAUAAGAGAUAUCGAAUCAUCGGUGCCAAUAUGAGAACUUACCUUUUAGAGAAAUCCAGAGUGGUGUUCCAGGCAGAAGAGGAGAGAAACUACCAUAUCUUCUAUCAACUCUGUGCUUCAGCAAAGUUACCUGAGUUUAAAAUGCUGCGAUUAGGGAAUGCAGAUAGUUUUCAUUACACGAAGCAAGGAGGCAGCCCUAUGAUCGAAGGAGUGGACGACGCGAAGGAGAUGGCGCACACCAGACAGGCCUGCACUCUGCUUGGAAUUAGUGAAUCUUACCAAAUGGGAAUUUUUCGAAUACUCGCUGGCAUCCUUCAUUUAGGCAAUGUCGGAUUUGCAUCUCGAGAUUCAGACAGCUGCACAAUACCUCCCAAGCACGAGCCUCUUAUCAUCUUCUGUGACCUCAUGGGAGUGGCUUAUGAAGAGAUGUCUCACUGGCUCUGCCACCGAAAGCUGGCUACUGCCACAGAGACAUACAUCAAGCCCGUCUCCAAGCUGCAGGCUACAAAUGCCCGAGAUGCUUUAGCAAAGCACAUCUAUGCAAAGCUCUUUAAUUGGAUUGUGGAUCACGUCAAUCAGGCUCUCCACUCUGCUGUCAAGCAGCACUCUUUCAUUGGCGUCCUCGACAUUUAUGGAUUUGAAACAUUUGAGAUAAAUAGUUUUGAACAGUUCUGCAUAAAUUAUGCAAAUGAAAAACUACAGCAACAAUUCAACAUGCAUGUCUUCAAAUUGGAGCAGGAGGAAUAUAUGAAGGAACAAAUUCCUUGGACACUGAUAGACUUUUAUGAUAAUCAGCCUUGCAUCAAUCUUAUAGAAUCUAAACUGGGCAUUCUAGAUUUGCUGGAUGAGGAGUGUAAGAUGCCUAAAGGCACAGAUGACACAUGGGCCCAAAAAUUAUACAACACACAUUUGAACAAAUGUGCCCUCUUUGAGAAGCCCCGCAUGUCAAACAAAGCUUUCAUCAUCAAACAUUUUGCUGACAAAGUGGAGUACCAGUGUGAAGGCUUUCUUGAAAAGAAUAAAGACACUGUUUUUGAAGAACAAAUUAAAGUCCUUAAAUCAAGCAAGUUCAAGAUGCUACCAGAACUAUUUCAAGAUGAUGAGAAGGCCAUCAGUCCCACCUCUGCCACCUCUUCAGGGCGUACGCCUCUCACCCGAGUUCCGGUGAAGCCCACCAAAGGCCAACCUGGCCAGACGGCCAAAGAGCACAAGAAAACUGUGGGACAUCAGUUUCGAAACUCCCUCCACCUGCUUAUGGAGACCCUUAACGCCACUACUCCUCACUACGUGCGCUGUAUUAAGCCUAAUGAUUUCAAGUUUCCAUUCACAUUUGAUGAGAAGAGGGCAGUGCAGCAGCUGAGAGCAUGUGGUGUCCUGGAGACCAUCCGAAUCAGCGCAGCAGGCUUUCCCUCACGGUGGACUUACCAAGAGUUUUUCAGCCGGUACCGGGUCCUAAUGAAGCAAAAAGAUGUGCUGGGAGAUAGGAAGCAAACAUGCAAGAAUGUAUUAGAGAAGCUGAUAUUGGACAAAGACAAAUACCAGUUUGGUAAGACAAAAAUCUUUUUCCGUGCUGGUCAAGUGGCCUAUCUGGAAAAACUAAGGGCUGACAAACUGAGGGCUGCCUGCAUCCGGAUCCAGAAGACCAUUCGUGGGUGGCUGCUAAGGAAGAAAUACCUGUGCAUGCAGAGGGCAGCCAUCACCGUGCAGCGAUAUGUGCGGGGCUAUCAGGCUCGAUGCUAUGCUAAGUUUCUGCGCAGAACCAAGGCAGCAACCACCAUUCAGAAGUACUGGCGCAUGUAUGUGGUCCGCAGGAAGUAUAAGAUCAGACGAGCUGCCACUAUUGUUCUUCAGUCUUAUUUGAGAGGCUACUUGGCAAGAAAUAGGUAUCGCAAGAUACUCCGCGAGCACAAAGCAGUCAUCAUUCAGAAACGUGUCCGUGGCUGGCUGGCUCGUACACAUUACAAGAGGACCAUGCAGGCCAUCAUCUACCUUCAGUGUUGCUUCCGGCGGAUGAUGGCCAAGCGCGAGCUGAAGAAACUGAAAAUCGAGGCUCGCUCAGUGGAACGCUACAAGAAGCUCCAUAUUGGCAUGGAAAACAAGAUCAUGCAGCUGCAGCGCAAAGUGGAUGAACAGAAUAAAGACUACAAAUGCCUCAUGGAGAAACUGACCAAUCUGGAAGGAGUAUACAACUCUGAGACCGAGAAACUACGAAAUGAUGUAGAACGUCUUCAGCUAAGUGAGGAGGAAGCUAAGGUUGCCACUGGGCGGGUCCUUAGUCUGCAGGAAGAAAUUGCCAAACUCCGCAAAGACCUAGAGCAAACUCGGUCAGAGAAAAAAACCAUCGAAGAACGAGCGGAUAAGUACAAACAAGAAACUGAGCAGCUGGUGUCAAACUUGAAGGAAGAAAACACUUUGCUGAAGCAGGAAAAGGAGACCCUCAAUCACCGCAUUGUGGAGCAGGCAAAGGAGAUGACAGAAACGAUGGAGAAAAAGUUAGUAGAAGAGACAAAACAACUGGAGCUUGACCUGAAUGAUGAAAGGCUAAGGUACCAGAACCUUCUCAAUGAGUUCAGUCGCCUGGAGGAGCGCUACGAUGACCUCAAGGAAGAGAUGACCCUGAUGCUGAACGUUCCUAAGCCAGGACACAAGAGAACAGACUCUACUCACAGCAGUAAUGAGUCUGAAUACACCUUCAGCUCUGAAUUCGCAGAAACUGAAGACAUUGCACCAAGGACAGAGGAGCCAAGUGAGAAGAAGGUGCCUCUGGAUAUGUCAUUGUUCCUUAAGCUCCAGAAGCGUGUCACAGAGCUGGAACAGGAGAAGCAGUUGAUGCAGGAUGAGCUGGACCGAAAGGAGGAGCAGGUGUUCCGCAGCAAGGCGAAGGAAGAAGAAAGACCACAAAUUAGAGGUGCAGAACUGGAAUAUGAGUCCCUCAAGCGUCAAGAACUGGAGUCAGAAAACAAAAAACUGAAAAAUGAGCUGAAUGAGUUACGAAAAGCCCUCAGUGAGAAAAGUGCCCCGGAAGUGACUGCACCGGGUGCUCCUGCCUACCGUGUCCUCAUGGAACAACUGACCUCCGUGAGCGAGGAGCUCGAUGUCCGCAAGGAGGAAGUCCUCAUCUUACGGUCUCAGCUGGUGAGCCAGAAAGAAGCCAUCCAACCCAAGAAUACAAUGACAGAUUCCACAAUACUUCUGGAAGAUGUACAGAAAAUGAAAGACAAAGGUGAAAUAGCACAAGCAUAUAUUGGUUUGAAAGAAACAAACAGAUCAUCUGCUAUGGAUUACCAGGAGUUGAAUGAGGAUGGAGAGCUCUGGCUGGUUUAUGAAGGGUUAAAACAAGCCAACAGGCUCUUGGAAUCCCAGCUACAGUCGCAAAAGAGGAGCCAUGAGAAUGAGGCCGAGGCCCUCCGAGGGGAGAUCCAGAGCCUGAAGGAAGAAAACAACCGGCAACAGCAGCUGCUGGCCCAGAACCUGCAGCUGCCCCCGGAGGCCCGCAUUGAGGCCAGCCUGCAGCAUGAGAUCACCCGGCUGACCAAUGAAAACUUGUAUUUUGAGGAAUUAUAUGCAGAUGACCCUAAGAAGUAUCAAUCAUAUCGGAUUUCACUUUACAAAAGGAUGAUUGAUCUGAUGGAACAACUUGAAAAGCAGGAUAAAACUGUCCGAAAACUGAAGAAACAACUGAAAGUCUUUGCCAAGAAAAUUGGUGAACUAGAAGUGGGUCAGAUGGAGAACAUAUCUCCAGGACAGAUCAUCGAUGAGCCCAUCCGGCCGGUCAACAUUCCCCGGAAAGAAAAGGAUUUCCAAGGAAUGCUGGAGUACAAAAGGGAGGAUGAGCAGAAGCUUGUUAAGAACCUGAUUCUAGAACUGAAGCCACGUGGUGUGGCUGUCAAUCUGAUUCCAGGGUUACCAGCAUAUAUCUUGUUUAUGUGUGUGCGACAUGCCGACUACCUGAACGAUGAUCAGAAAGUGAGAUCAUUGCUGACAUCAACAAUUAACAGCAUCAAAAAAGUCUUGAAGAAAAGAGGUGACGAUUUUGAAACUGUCUCCUUCUGGCUCUCUAACACAUGCCGAUUUUUGCACUGUUUGAAGCAAUACAGUGGAGAAGAGGGCUUCAUGAAACACAACACGUCUCGCCAGAACGAACACUGCCUCACCAAUUUUGACCUUGCUGAAUAUCGGCAAGUGCUGAGCGACUUGGCCAUCCAGAUCUACCAGCAGCUUGUAAGGGUGUUGGAGAACAUCCUGCAGCCAAUGAUUGUCUCAGGCAUGUUAGAGCAUGAAACAAUCCAGGGUGUAUCCGGAGUGAAGCCCACGGGCCUCAGAAAGCGAACGUCCAGUAUCGCAGACGAGGGCACCUACACGCUGGACUCCAUCCUGCGGCAGCUCAACUCCUUCCACUCAGUCAUGUGCCAGCACGGCAUGGACCCCGAGCUAAUCAAGCAGGUGGUCAAGCAGAUGUUCUACAUCGUGGGCGCCAUCACCCUGAACAACCUCCUCCUGCGCAAAGACAUGUGCUCCUGGAGCAAAGGCAUGCAGAUCAGGUACAAUGUCAGUCAACUGGAGGAAUGGCUGCGUGACAAGAAUCUGAUGAACAGUGGGGCCAAAGAGACGCUGGAGCCUCUUAUUCAGGCCGCUCAGCUUUUGCAAGUGAAAAAGAAAACUGAUGAUGAUGCAGAAGCCAUAUGCUCCAUGUGCAACGCCCUGACCACUGCCCAGAUCGUCAAGGUGUUGAAUCUGUACACACCCGUCAAUGAGUUUGAAGAAAGGGUCUCUGUUUCAUUUAUCCGUACUAUACAGAUGCGGUUACGAGACAGAAAAGACUCUCCACAGCUACUCAUGGAUGCUAAACAUAUCUUUCCUGUCACUUUUCCCUUUAACCCAUCCUCCCUGGCCCUAGAAACCAUCCAGAUCCCGGCCAGCCUGGGCCUGGGCUUCAUUGCACGGGUUUAAAGUGCUGUCCAGGCAUACAUAGAAAAUGCAAUUCUCUUCCGAAUAUGAACAGUUUCCAGAGAGCUACUGAAAAUACAUUUUUAAAGAAGUACUGAUUGUCUUUAAAAGAAGAUGUCAUUAACUGGAAAUCUCCCUAGAAUCCUUUUGCUUGGGAAGAGACUCCUUAUGUUGUGUUACCUUAAAUCAACAUUCAUUGAUCAGUUGGGAAUCCUGAAUUUAUACACAGCUGAAUGAUGGUAGGGAGGAAUGAAAGGAAGGGCAAAAAGUGUGUGUCUUCAGCUGACAGCAUCUAUUUUACAUCUUUAGUGCUGCAUUUAAGUGGCAUAUAGAAAUACAAUUCCAUACGUAUGAACUGUUGUUAACAAGGCACAAAGAACUGAAAGAAAAAUCACCACUGAAUACAUAUCAUAUCAGCUUAGGAGCCAAUCAUGUUGAUACUGUCAAACUGGAUCAAAAAAAUAAACUGGCAAUAUGUAAAGUAACUGGCCAAGUAACUUCCUUAUUUGUGUCACUAUGGCAUAGCGAUAUGAAAGAUGCUGGUUUGCUAGAUAGCAUAGAUGCCCUUUUGUACUGUAGCUUACUGAGCAUCUUAAAUUGCUGCUACAUGGUGUCUCCUGAUGUGAUAGUCUUACUAGGCACCACAUAAUAAGCUUCUGUUUUAUCCUCUCUGUUUACGAUUCAACCAGAUUAGUUCUAACUGGAUUAUAUGCAAUUAUCCACAGGCUCAUCUGCAGGAGUAGCAGACACUGGGAGAGUUGUGCAGUAAUAGGACAAGACGCUUGGUGUUAGGUGUAGAGCUAGACAGAGUGGCUGUUGAUGUCAUUGCUGACCAGGAUGUAUUGCUCGAUAUGCUAGUUAAUUCCAUCUGUGUGGAUAUUGCGUCAUGGGAUAGUGUUCUGUAAACUUGUUGUUUUUAGUUCCCAGAUCUGAUUCUUGCCAUGCAUAUGUUCAACCUUGACCAGUUUUCUUUUUAAUUUAUUACGUGUUAGUUAGCCUCAGUCACUAUCUAGAGAGGACUAUCAGAGUAUUUAUAAUUCAGACCUCGAAACUUUGAUUAUCCUGUAACUUAUUUAAAAAGGCAUAUAAUAAAUCAUUGUAAUUCAGGGGGGUUGGGUGUUGAAACCUCUAUAAAUUUUCUCAGAUACCAUUGGAUACUUUAAAAACAUCAUAUUAUAAAUACAUUAAGAAGAUUUAUGUAAGAAAUAUAAAAAGAUUAUUAAAUUUUAUAGAGGAUUUGGUUCAGUAAGACCCAGAUUCUGUAAGUUUUCAUUAUGAAAUUCUAAUUAAGUAUAUUCUCCAAUUUUUUCUGGAAAUCUUAUAUAAUAAAUCCUUCAGGUUGUAUAAGAGCAAAUUUUUAGCUUUCAUUCCUCUGGUUGUUAAUUACAGUCAUCAAUUUGUAUAACUUAACCUGUAAGAUGGUCUAUAACAGUGACAUUUAAGUAUGUGCAAUAUUAUUGAUGAGAGCUAAACAGUUUCAAGUCAGAGAUAAGUACUGUUAUUAAACAGCAAUUAUUGUUCAUUAUCUUCCUGGAGACUGAAUGUCCUUGUUUACAAAGUAAGAGGGUUGGACACCUGGUUGUUCCGGCCACUUCCCCAUUUACAGCUCCCUCAUGCUUGGUUCCUAGAGGAAGGGGCCAGUUAGUCCAUCCUGCUGAAAGCCCAGUGUUUAGUGCCUGUCAGUUCCCUAGGGUUGAUACGGUAAAUUACAACUUUGUGUAGCCACAACCUUUUCUUACUGUGCAUCAUUUAGGUACUUUAGAAUAUCCUAAUAUAUUUGUUUUAUUUGAAAGUUACUUAGUUUAAGUAAUUUUUGUUAUGUGAUGAACUGUUUUUUGUUUGGGGGAUUUUUUUUUUUUUUUUUUUUUUUUUUUUUUUUGUAGUGCUGGGAAUUGAACCCAGGGCCUCUUGUGUGUUAAAUAAGUACUCUAUCACUGAGCUACAGUCUCAACCUUUAUUCAGUUCUAAUACAUUUAUUUAUUUGCGGAAUCCUGAAACACUAAUUCAGCCAGCUUCAACUUUCCUGGGUUUUCAGUAUUGUUUCGGUGAACAGUUAGUGCUUGAAGCCAUUUCAUUAGUACUGAGUGUGUCAGAAAGCAGAGAGGGGUGGCGGGUGGAAGAGUUGCUAGGCAAACGGUCAUGUGUAGGCUGCCUUCCCUCAGCCCUGGCAGGCCUCCCACACCCUGCUCCCAGCUUAGUCCUGAGUAGGACGAUUGUCGCACACCGAGUCUUGUCUUCGAGAUCAUGCUGUCCCUGAAACCUUUUUUCCUACUUCAGGCAUUUGUGUCCUGCAGUUUCUAUCCAGCACUUUUUCUUAUUAUUUUCCUCUGCUGUCCAGAGCUGGAGCUCCAGUUCCAUAGCUUUUCCCACUCUGGUUUUUCCUGUUUCAGUGACAAUGGCUCAGUCUCUCUAUAACUCUAAGCUUCAACUCUUUCAAGCCUCUUCAGAACCUCAGAUGGGGAUCUGAGUUAUAGUCCUCAGAAGAAUACCUUAUAACCAGGGAACCUCAAGACCUGGUGAGUGAGCGUGUGCACUGCCUUGUCAAGGUGGCUCAGGUUUGUGCUCACCAGGUGUCCGUUAGGCUGAGGAAGGACCACUGGCCUCCACUCUCAUCCAUGCUCUCUCCCCUAGCCUCAGACACAUGCUCACCUUUCCCCUGCCUGUCCCCCUCCCCACGUCCCUCGACCUAGUCACAUCAGCGGAAUGGUUUUCUGUGACCCUAGCUGGCAUGCAUGGGACUGGACUUUUGGUGUCUGUGCACACACCCUCGCUGUUCUCACUUCUGUAACAUUAUCACGAAUCGGCUUGUCCAUAAUUCCAGUGUGACGUGCUUGUACUACAGAGAAGGAGCUCUUGAAAGACACCAGGGCAGCUCUUCCUUGCAGCAGCCCCUGCCCAGUAGCCACCGCUGUUCCUGCUGUAGAUGCAGCUCCCUCCCUUGGGAUCCGAGGUGAUCCCUACCCUUCCUGUAGCUUUUCUUAGCCCAAGGCCUGAGUCUGCCUUGGAGUAACUCAAAAUGGGGAAAGACAAACAUGAAACAAAAUGGCUCCUUUGGAAGCUUUGAACAUUGCAUAUCACCCGGCACAGCUUUGGAAAGCAAAGGUACAGAUGAUAACCCAAAGCCGAGUGGUAGGAGAUUGAGAUCUGUGCCAGUUCAGAUGACGUGCUUUGUUACUGGUCCAUUUCAGUAGAUAAAGAAAGAUUCCUUGUGAGCAAGUGUGUGUGAUACACUUAUUCAAUAGUGCAUACAGGAGCUGUCACAAUACUUAGGGUGUUGGUGUCUUGAUUAUUGUGAGAAAUCACUUUUCCGACAGUUCUAGGAAAAGAGCUACUGCCAUCCUGAGAAGCCCACAGAGUUCCCCCUCUCACACUCACAGUCACUAGUUGAGAGUUCUUCAGGAGGCAUAGUCAAGGGUCCUCUGGGUGACAGCAGCCUGGCAGGAGGGAGAGCAAAUGUCCGUGUGUGACGCUGCAUGGUCCUGUGGAAAGCAGUGCAGAAAUAGCACCCGUGUGUAUGUGCUUCUCGCCAGCACUCUUCCUCUGUUACCUCACUUCCUCACAGCCACAGGAGACUGCUCCCACAGUCUCUGUGGAUGGGAAUUUGGGACAAUGAUAUGGUCAGUGACUAGCUGCGGGUGCCACUGCCCUCUGGCAGUGAGGGCGGAGGCCGCCCUGUUCCUCCUGAUGCUGUGGGGUGCCCUGGGCUGGUAGGGGUGCUCUUCGUCUUUACUGGCGUGUGGAAACAGACAAAUGAAGAGCACCAACUCACUUGCUGGGCGGCCAGGGCACAGUGCUUACAGCGCCAGCUGUGACAGGCUCGCCUGUUGUCGGGAGCCAGUGCUCCCCAACAGGGGACUCUCAAGUUAGGGGCUGUCUGAGCUAAAAGGUCAGGAGGCAGUGAAAACCUCAGGCGUGAAGAGGCAAGGCAGGCCACUCUCCACACGCCUGAGGUUUCCCUGCGGGAGCCCCUGGCUAAGUGCACAGCCCACCGAGAGCUCUAUUCUAGGUACGCUCUGCUGCCCAGGGGAGCCCAGGACAGUGAGCACCUCCCUCCCUGGGGCUGUUUGCUGUAGGUGAGUCCGCGUAUGCUUGGAAGUGCCACAGCAUGCCACAGGAGGGAAAUUAGGCGCUGUGCUGUGGGCAUGCAUGCUUGAGGCCACAAGCAUUUUGUGGCAAGUGCUUUGUAAUUUGUUCUCAGGCUGUGCUGUGAGGGCCGCCUUAACCCUUGCCCCUUCCCUUUUAGAGCUGCCUUAAGUUCCCCAGAACUUGUCCUCAGUGAGGGAUAUUCUACCAUGUUUCUUGAGGUUUCGUAAGGAUUUGGAUUGGGUGCAGCUUCCAACCACUGAUUCCUUUCUCCCCUUCCUGCAUCUCCUGCCACCUCUGUACUGUCAUUCCCAAACGGAGAUUAACAUCUAUAAAGCAACCAAUGAAACGCUAGCUUUUAGAAUAUUUCUGGGUUAGAGCAGCUCCCUGUGACAGUAAGCGAAGAGCAUGCAUGGAAGCAGGACAGAAGUCAGAAUAUCCACGGGGGUCUUGCCUUUCACUGAUGCUUUCUAAUAAAGGCAAAAAUACAACUCUAAAAACUUUGUAUGGACAUCCUUUUAAAAUGUAAAGGUGCUCUACUGUAAAAGGCUGACUAAAAACAGGAAAAUAGCUGUAUUAAGUUCUGACCCAUUAUAGUACCUAAACUAACUUUAAAAUUAUAAUCAGUUUCUCCAUAGAUCAAAACCAAAAGAUGCCACGUCAAACAUCUCCCAAAUGCAUUUUAUAAUUUUUUUUUUUUAUAAUUUGGUCUAGCUAAAAAAAAAAAAAAAAACGUUCACUAGCUUAAUUUAGUGGGUAGAAUUAGACUCAUAACAUAUCUGAAGACAACUAACAUUUCCUUGGCACCGUGAUAUUGUUUGGAAUAUUUGGGAAAGUUUUAGGUUUGUUUUUUAAGGUUGAAAUUGUUGUGUAUAAUGCUUGGAAAAUUAAUGCGUUCCCAUGCGUUUUCCAGAGUCAGUGGUUUCUAAUGAUGUGUUGUUGUUACAUGUUAUAAAAUCUUAGCCUCUCUAAGUCAUGUGAGCCGUUAUUUUUUCCUACAAGUGAUUUCUCCUUUAAGUGUGAGUAUGUGUUGUGAUUUAUGAUCCCUGAUUAUGUUCUUCUUUGGGUUCCUGAGGAAAUACUGAUUUUCUUGUGUUCUUGGAAAUUUUCAGUUGUUCCAGCAGUAUUGCACAGAUGAGCUCAUGGCAUUUAACAUACUGUGUUUUUAUUUUAACUGUUUAUAACUUAUUGUGAAAAAGACCUGCCUUUGAAAUACAGUGAAAUGCAGCAUUGCAGUUUACAAAUCUUUUUCUUCCCUGGAUCUGGAGAAGGAACUUUCUUGAUCUACACAGUUAAUCUGUGCAAAGUGGUUAAGUAAGGAAGCAGAAAUGCUGAAAGGUGAGAGGUGCCACCAGGCCUUUCCGGAUCUGACUGAACCCUCUUCAGAGUAUCACACAGGAAAUCUUCUAGAAUGUUAAUGAUUCACCUCAUAUCAACGAAAGCCUUGGAAACAUGAGUUUUUCACUGGAUAUCACCUAAUGCUAAAAGAAAAGCCAAAACAAUAUCAGAAUGACAUUUUAUGCUCUAAAUUUGUAGCUGUCUAAUGUGCUUACUGUGUAUCUGUCAUUAGUGCUGUAUUCUCCUAGCUAUUGUAGAAAAUUGUUGAAAUAAAGAUAAGGACAUAAAGGA